AUGGCGAUUUCCCAUAACCCAGGUGAAAAUGGCGCAACUGAGGCCAUCUCACAUGGGAGCUCAACGGCGCCUCGUGGGUGCGGUUUCAUCCUCAGCAGUGGUAGCUGGCUCGUUCUCAAUGCUAGUCUCAGCAGCUUGGCCCUCAGUCACUGCCUGAGUCUCCUGCUGGGGGUGGUUCCAGGCGCUCGGGCGAUUGGGGUCCACGCGAUAGGCCCAGCGCUGGUACAGGUAGCAGAAGAAGAUGAUGUCGUCACGGAAGCACGACAGCCGGUGCAUCCACGGCAUCUCGAUCAAGAACGACGCCACGUCAUCCACGAAAGUGUUCAGCGAUUUGUAGAUCAGAGCGCGCCACGGGAGGUGGUCCACCGACUUCAGCUUGUAGUUGAUGUAAAUUUGAGGAGUCAUCAUGAUGAAACCGAAGGUGUAGACGGAACCCGCAGCAACCGAAAUGAAGUAAGAGUACCACGACUUGUACUUUUCGUAGAACAACGAGUAGAUCGCGUACGCCACCACGCACGGAAGCAUCACCAUGCUCAUGUACUUGAUGGCCUGCUCGUCGUACUUCUUGGUGUUGGACUCGACGUAGUUCUGCACACCAUUUACAAAAUACACAUCGACACUAACGUUUGCAUUGCCGAGCUCGACGAAGGGGAACUGGCGCUUCAUCUUGAUCUUAAUCGCCUUGGACACCUUCCAGGCAGAAGCAGCCACGCCGAUACCCAUCUCGAACAAUAUCAGCCACGACACGUUCUCGCUGUCGAACACGUACAGCGCAACGAUAACGUCGCAGACGAAGCUGAUCACCACCGAGAGCGCCGAGAGGCCCUCCAUGGAGUCGUUCUUGUGCCAGAACUGGAUGUCGUUCUUCAAAGCGAAGAACGAGAAGACGCUGUGCAGCAAAAUGAACGCGCCGGAGAAGAUCAACAUGUAGAUGUUGGUCGUCAUCAGCGUGCGCUUGAACAUCUCGAACUCCUUCGCGGACUGGUUGCCCAGGAUUCCGCCGGUCUCAACGUUGGCCUUGAACUGCGUCGUCAUGAGGAAGUACAGCAGAGGGUCGUACACUCCCUCCGCAGGGUGCAUUUCGUAAUUCUGGAAGUAAAUGUCACCGGGACGGCUUACGUAAGGCGCCUUCUCGUACACCAGGUUCACGUCGAGGCGAGGAAUCCAGUGCUUGCACAGCUCCUCUUCCUCCUCAGCCGCCGAUUCGGCGUCGGAGCCGACGAGGCUCACCUCCUUGCUGCGCUUCACAGGGCGCACAGUGGUGAGUGGGAGCGAUCUUACGAUCACAUGCCCAUCGAAGCCCUCUUUGAAGGUGGAAAGGUGGAGCGCCGAGCCGCGUGUUGCGUACGACUUGUGCGGGACCAAAAAGACGAUGGCGUGUAA